UUGUCCUUUGCCUUCCAUUCCUUCUCCAUCCACUAAUGCUCUUUGCCUUCCUUCUCUCCCAGAACCAUUUGUUACUGAAUUUGCAGAGAACUCCCUCUCUCCUCCAAUUAGGGUUUCCCCUUUGAUGGCUCACUUUCAGUUAUAAAUCUGUGGCCAUCAUAUCUUUGUAAUAGGCCACAGUCUUGGAAGGAACAAACAACACCUCUUGAAAGAGCUCCCACAAAGGAAAUAAAGUGCAGGGAAAAUGGCUUCAUCCAGCUCUUACAACUCUCCUUGUGCUGCCUGCAAGUUCCUGAGGAGGAAAUGCAUGCCUGGAUGCAUCUUUGCACCGUACUUCCCACCAGAGGAGCCGCAGAAAUUUGCCAAUGUUCACAAGAUCUUUGGUGCAAGCAAUGUCACAAAGCUCCUGAAUGAGCUCCUCCCUCACCAAAGAGAGGAUGCAGUGAAUUCUCUUGCCUAUGAAGCUGAGGCAAGAGUGAGGGAUCCAGUGUACGGCUGUGUUGGUGCUAUAUCAUUCCUCCAAAGACAGGUUGAGAGGCUCCAGAAGGAGCUUGAUGCAGCAAAUGCUGACCUGAUUCGUUACGCCUGCAAUGAGAUGUCAUCGCAAUUGCCUUCACCCUCACUAGUGAGGUCUACUAGUAGAAGGAUUGGUAAUGAAGGAGGAGGAAGCUACUUUCAAAAUCCUGGUUACUCCCACCCAUAUUCUCAUCCAUGGGAUGAUAACCCUUCAGGAAAUAUGAAUGAAAGUGGAGGAGGAGGAGGGGGAGGCAGUAUGUGAAGAAUGAGGGCAUUGUCACAAAGAAUAAGCCCCCACUAGCUAGGGUUUAUCUCUUUGGGGCAUUUUCUGCAGAAAGAAAGUCUCAUGGUAUGGUUGGGGAAUGGUAUGGUAUGGUAUGAUAUUUAGUUUCUAGCUAGCUAGCCUCACAUGGACUCUUCUAGCUAGCUAGAACACUGUGUUUUAUCUCACUCUCUCUCUCUCUCUCUUUUUUUUCCCUAAGAAAACAAUUUGGUAGGUUUAGGGUGCAUGCCUCUAAACUGAAGACUACCAUUAAGUACUCUAUGUGUGUGUGCCUUAGUUUGUGGGAUUUGGAGCCUAAAUAAUGUUGUAGAUGAUCAGCAUGAUAAUAGUGUGGCUACUUGAGCUGUGUUGUGUCAUUAAUUAGUGGGAACUCUAGAGCAUGUGCAUGUGGAGUUUCUGUUCUCUGACAUUGUUUAUGCUUAAGAAUAAAAGCAGAAAAAUAUUAGUUAAUCUUAAA